ACAGAGGUGACUGUAUGAGCAGGUGUAUGUGUUUCUGCCCUGAGCCCUGAUGACAAUGAGCAGCAGAGGAUCACAGCUUCAGUCUUUAACAUCUCUAUGAGGGAAGUAUCAUGGACACCGUCUCUCAAAGCCUGCAAGAUCAGAUCUCAGAUCUGCUGAAGCCUCACAGAGUCUGUCUUCUGACUCCUGUUCACCUCAACCAGCCAUGUGGGAGAUCAGCCAACAGGUUUGUGGUACUGAGUCUGUGGAGAGGUUACCUGGUCACCAACAAGCAGCCGCUCCGGGUGGAGAGCACGUUCAGCUACCUAGAGAUCUCCUCCAUCAGCAUUUACAGUCUCACAGAGGUUGUGUUGGAGAUCGAAGGACUGAAUUUGUCUCUCAGCAUCCUGCGUGUUGAAGACCUGGAGGCCAUGAUCAGUCACAUGACUGCCUCACUGAAGAGGAUCUUUCCUGACUCUUCUCCAGGAAAGCUACUGAAGACGGUUCCUCCAGACCUCCAGGAGAGACUGCUCACCCUGACCAGUGUGAUAGAUGAGCAGCUCAGCAGUCAGCCUGGUCCAUGUGGAGGAUUCUCUGAUACCUACGCUGCUCUGUGUGAUUUUAAUGAGAUGCCAUUUAAAGAGGAGAUUCAGUGGGAUGUUGACAACAUCUACUACACGCACAACAGGAGGGAGUUUAACCUGCAGGACUUCAGCCACUUAGACAGCAGAGACUUGGCAUUGGCAGUAGCAGCUUUGUCCUUCAACCAGUGGUUUACUAAGUUCUACUGCAAAGAACUCAAACUGUCUGUUGACAUCCAGCAGCAGUUGACCUUCCUGCUGUCCAGAUCUCCUAGUCUGCAGGAUCUGUCACUGGAGGCCUGUGGACUCAAAGUGGACUUUGCAGUUAAAAUGGCCGCUGCCCUCAAAGAGCACACCUCCUCCCCCCUGCACUCCAUGAACCUGUCAGGAAAUCCCAUUGAUGACAGAGGUGUGAUCGCUCUCAGUCAGCAGUUACAGAAUCUGGAUGAAGGACUCAAACACCUUUCACUGAGUCGUGUGUCAAUGAAGCCAAGAGGUCUGGGUUUUCUCAGCCAGGUGUUGUCCUCCAGUCAGCUGUUCUCAGUUUCUCUGACCCAUCUGGACCUGUCGGCGAACCCUGGGAUUCUGGUCUCUGAGGAAGCCACGUAUCUCUUUAAGUUCCUGUCCAGUUCAAACUCCCUGUCUUAUCUGAACCUCAGUGACACCAGCUGCCCUCUGGACACGCUGUUUGUGUCCCUGUCAGCCGGGUGUUGUUACAAACUGAUCCACCUGAACUUGGCCCGGAAUCCUUUCAGCCACAGAAAGGUGCGGGAGGUUACCAGGAGUAUUCAGGAGUUCUUCACUCGGAGCUGUGAGCUGAAAUAUGUUGGACUGUCUGCAACCAAAUUACCUCCACAAGCUCUCCGAUUAUUACUACAAGGUCUGGCAACCAACACUCAUCUCUUUGGUCUGGAGUUAGACCUCAGCAGCUGUGAGCUGCGCUCAGCAGGGGCUCAGGUGAUACAGGAGCACAUCUCUGAAGCCACAGCCAUCAGAAGUCUGGAUAUCUCAGACAACGGUCUGGAGAACGACAUGGUGACUCUGGUUCUGGCUGCUGGUAGGUCUCAGUCUCUUCGUCACCUCUCUCUGGGGAGAAACUUCACCAUGAAGUCCAGAGCUCUCACCGACCUUCUUCAUCGUAUCGCUCAGCUCAUUCAGGAUGAAGAGUGUCCUCUCCAGUCUUUGUCGGUGUGUGACUCCAAGCUGAACACAGGGAUACACAUUCUGCUGAGUGCUCUGGGUGGACACGCUACUAUAACCGAACUGGACAUCAGUGGAAAUAACAUUGGAGACACCGGAGCCAAAAUGCUGGCUAAAGCCCUGAUGACCAACACCACGCUAAGGACUUUAUCCUGGGACAGAAACAAUGUCACUGCCAGAGGUUUCCAGGAUGUGGCUGAUGCCUUGGAGAGGAAUUUCACACUGCAGGAGGUGUAUCUGCCUCUGACAGACAUCACACAGAGUUACCGUGGCAACCCUGACCGAACCAAAGAAGCCCUGAACAAGAUUCAAUUUUGUUUACAUAGAAACAACCAGAGGCAGUCUGGGACCAUGGACCUUCAACAACCCUUUAGAAGCCAACACUCUGAGAAGGUGGUCCAGGGAAUGUGUCAGAAGCUGGAAGACAGCCUUCAACGUUUAAACCACCUCAACAUUCAGGAAGUCCAGACUGACAUCCAGAGAGCACACGAUGUUCUGCAGAACACCAGGGAGUCUUUAAAGCUGCUUCCCUCUCUGUGUGAGGAAGACAGGAAGUCUGGUCCUGACGAAGACAGGGUCAAUGACAUCCUCACCGACACUGCUGCUGCACUGACUGAUGAGCUGACCAGAAACAUACAGGAGCUGGCAGAAAACCUGAUGAAGGAUGCAGAGGCAGCUUGUCCACGAGUGGUCCAAAGGUCCACUGUGUGCAGGACUAUGUCAGAGAGUGUGUCCAAAAGAGUGAGACAGACACACAUCUUUCUGAGAAGCACCCUGGUGGAAACUACAGGGAACAUCAUCAGCACCAGGCUGCGUGAACUGAGGCAAAGUUUAAGUGUAACUAUAACUGAAAGCAUCAUCGAACAAGUGCUGCAGGAUCUGUCAGCAGCUCAAGAAAAAGUGGAUUCCCUUAUUAAAGAACACUCAUGUAAUACUGCAAAAAUCAACAUUCCUGAACUCCGACUGGCCGACAAGGAAUUUCCAACUGAUGACUACUGUCCUGCUUUCUGGAGGAACAGUCUGCACUCCAAGAGUUUGAGACCUGCUGCUUCACUUAAGAGUCUCCUGGAUGCAGACCGGGAACCGCAGAUCAGGGACAGAGAGGGAGGAGGAGGUGUUGAAGAGGAAGACGGGGGAGGAAGGUGUGUCCUCCCACAGUUGCCAGCAGCAACCCCUCUGCCACUCACAACCUCAAGCCCCUCCCCUUCCCCUUCCACUUCCUUGUCCCCCUCCCCCCCACCACGGAUGGGGAGGAGGAGGAAAGAGGGAGAGGUGGUAUCAGUGGAUGCUGCAGAAGCAGUAUCAGGAGCUAGAGGAGCAUUGCUCAUCCCUCCUCCCAGCCUCCCCCCUCUUUACUCCAGAACCACACAAGCUCCAAAGGAAGAGGCAGCUGGCCGCGGAGGCUUGAACAGACGAGAGGCUCCCUUCCCCGGCUGUGGCCCCCGCCCAGGCCCCCUCCCCGGCUCUGGAUUCCCCGUUUCUUCCAUGGAGCCUCUACCCACCCAGGGACAGACUCUACGGCACUACACUGCCUCCCGACCACGGCCACGACGCACACACACACAGCCCCCCUCCUGCAGGCCUCAGGAGCCAGAGUCCAAGGAAGAGCAUGAGGGAAGUGAAGCGAUGGGCAGAGUGGAUGAAGGAGUAGAGGAAUUCUUCACCAAGAAAAUAAUCCCUGAUUAUGCACUAAAAGGCCAGUGGGAGGAGUCAAACCCUGCCCAAGCCACUCCCCCAGAGUCAAGUCCCACCCCCUCAGCCUCCACCCCUCUUUCCUCUCUGUCUGACAUCACCACGCCCCCUGCCACCAUCACUGUCACUUCUCCUGUCACAUCUAUUGACACGUCCCGUACAUCCCCUGACGCUCCACCCCCCUCUACAUCCUCUACCCCGCACAUCUCCAUCAACAUCAAUACCACUACCACCCCCACAACCCCCACUACCACCACACCUCCCACCAAAAAUAUCAAGAAAAAGUUUGGUGAUUUCUUCGCCUUCAAGAGGGCUCGAGCUGGCCGAGCUGCCAAGGCUGGCGGGGGAGAGGGAGGAGGAGGAGCGGAGGGGGUGAAGGUCAAAAGGACCUCCAUUGCAGAUCUCAUUCGACCCCUCCGAGAGGCCAAAGAAAGGGAGAGAGAGAGGGAGAGGGACAAGGAGAGAGAGAAGGAGAGGGGGGCAAGGUCAGUGGAGGAUGCUAACGUUUGUAAUGAUGCCGCCACCACAGAAGGAACCGCCACCAGCCGCCAUCUUGCAGGCCAUGUGAGGGACAUGAUGCCACCUGCCGAGACAUUAACCACGAUGACACUUCCCAGUGAGACCGCCCCCUCUUAUCCCACCGUCACCCCGAGCCCCGACCUCACUGCUGCUGUGCACCACCUGGAGGAAGCAGCAGCUCCUGUCCUGCCGGCUCGCAGGCCCAGUCCUGAGGUCAGCUCUCCUCUGACUGGACAGGAUGUGACUCCGUAUGGUCCACGGAGGUUGAGGGUGGCCAAGAGACUAAGAGAGGGCAAGAGCCAGAGUCUGAUCCUGCUGACGGGGUCAGAACCAGAGGACAAGGACAACAUGCCCAAUAAGAAACAUGCGUCUGAGAGCACAGCUAGUUUUGAACAGAGGCUUCAGGCGAUGCUGCAGAGAGUGGGCGUGGCCAAAACUCCACCUGCCGACACCAAGAUGUGCCAGAAUAAAGAUGAAGAGCUGAGAAAGGCCAAUUCUGAAGGUGCCAUCCUGGACAAGCCAGAACCACCGCCAACCUACACCAAACCCAGAACCAUGUCCACUUCAUCAGCUAACCCCAGACUUCCUAUGAGACCACCGGACUCCGUCCGACCAGAUCCUCCUCUUUACCCAAAGCCUGCCCUUCCCGAGCGCCCUGCAGGACCCCUGCCACCCAAACCCAGCGUUACAGCCAGACCUCCACUCCCCACCCCGGCUGUACCUGCAGUAGGAGCAGCUCAUCCCUCCUCGGCUCCUCCUUCCAGCAGCUCAGCAGAACACGUCCAGAUCUCAGCACACACACAUGAUGGCGGGCCAGCAGAGGCUGCAGCACAGCAGGCAUAUUCUAUUAAUCAAGAUGGAGGCCAGGAGGGUGCCGCCUUCACUCAGUCACCCAGGAAAGAGCUGCUUCCUCCGGCUCCAUGGAGAGGUGCCGGUGCUCCAGAUCGCGCUGAAAAAGCACAAUCAGUGACUGAGGAGAGUCUUCCUAAGCCACGCCAACACGUGAAGGCCUUUCCUCAGCGCAGAGCUGUGUCAGUCCAUGAGGAUGCUCUGGCUAUCACACAAGAGCUAAAGGCAGUUUUACAGAGGUCUCCCAUCCGUUUCCGGGGCAACAAAUGGGACUUACCGUCCUGCAAUGAAGAUGAAGCACAACAAACUCCGGAUGAAGCAGACAGUGACACAGGAAAAAAGAGAGGAGAGGAAAAGGAUGAUACUGUCCAGAAAGAGGAGUUAAAGGCAGAAGGAGAGGGUGUGGGCUGUGGAGGAAAAGUUGAAAGCAAGCCUCCACUUCCAGGAAAGGAAGGAGUUCCACGAUCAGGGUGUCCCUCUACCACAGCGCAGCCUCAACAAGAAGUGACAGUAGCUCGAGUCUUUAGUUCAGCUGCAGUUUUUGCCUCAGAUAGAUGUUUAGAACUAACCCAAACCCCAGGAAAGUCACCCAUAAUCCUCCCAUCCCAGAAGAAGAGCCCAGUGUCAGCUCCCCAAGACAAACUGCUGGUCUCCCCACCACCCCAACAGAAUAUCCCAAGCUCAUCCCCAGUUGUGACUCAGUUGUCAGAAACCCUCCCAGUGACCCUGUUGUCCCACCAGACGAGCAGCUCUGGGACCGCUGCAGAGGAUCAGGGAAGCAGCUCAGGAGAGGUGGUCGCUGAACAGCACACAGUGAUGACAGAACCAGCAGAACACAGAACUGAGUCUCCUCCCUCUGAAUGACACAGAAACAGACUGAGCUGGUGGAUGCAUGAGGAGGGCUCCAUCGCUUCACUGACAUCAGGAAAUGGGAAGUUGCUGUGAAAUCACACCUGAGCUCCUUCAAACAGACUAACAUCUGCAGAGCACACAGCUGGUCUGUUUUCAUCCUGCGUUAACUGCUAGAAAAGGAUGAAAACCACAAAAACUUUGUUUGCUAGUUGCUAACAGCUAGCUAACAAAAGGAUGCUAGCUAACAAACAUCCUUGACCCUGGAAGCCAUUUACUAUUUGGGGCAAAUAAAGAGCUGAAAAUGUGAUUAGAAAGUCUGUUCAUUUACCCCCAAAAGCCAAACUGUUAAGGCUCAUUUAUGCUGCCUUUAUGUAUGUAUAUCAGUUUGUCCUUUUAAAAUCUUACUCACAUGUGUACUUUACAUUAGCUUGGUUUUUCAGAAUUUAAUUCAGCAGAGUUUACCUCCAAGUUCUAGGUUUCAGAUAUGGAUGGGCAAUACCAACGUUUUUCCUGCCAACACAAUACCGUUAGUUUAUGGUACUUUUUCAUCAAUGCCAGUUCGUAUACUUUUUGUCCCUUAAAAGGAAAAAUCACACAGUUGUACAGUGUGCGUUAAAAUUUUUAUUGCAAGGACAAUAUGAAAUAUGAAUAAUGCUUAUGAACAUAAAUACUUCAAAUAAAUCUUUAUGCUUAAAAAUAUGGAGCAAAUUAAAUAAAAGUUUAAAAUAAAUCUUUAAAAUUAUAAUGAGAUUUACAUUUCUUGAACUGAAAAUAAAAAAAUAUAUAAUAGUAUAUGAAUAUAAUAAAACAAAGCUCAAGAAGCUAAACAAGUAAAUCAUUAACACAUCAUCAUUGCUAGCAUUAGCAUUAUCAUGACAUCUGAUAGGCUACCACAAUCAUGUGACAGGGAAGCCACUGAAGGAAUACACCAUGGCUGGGUUUGCAUGUAAGUUUAUUGCCUAAAACUCUCAGAAGUGGAAACAAACGUGUUUUAUGGUAUUGCAAUGUUUAAAAAGUAUUAAAUCUGAUAUUUGGACUGCCAGAGUAUCAACCUGCCCAUCCUUAGUUUCAGAAAAUAAACAUGGUGAUGUUGGAGGAAAUCCUGAUAAUGUUUAUUCUCAGAAAGAGACACAAAAAAGAAGCCCAGUAGACGGUGGUGGUCUGUGCAGCCAUUAAAUAACUGCACCUUCUUCUUUGUUUCUUACUUUGGUCGUAUGACAGCGAUGCUGCACAACACUGCCCCCGUAGUUUCUGGUGGUACUACUCUGUUUGCUGUGUCAUGCUACGUAUCUGAAAUCUCUCUGAAAAUUAGUAAGUAAAGAAUGCAGAGGACAGACAAAAAGGCUCCAUUGAAUGUGUAUGCGUAGUUAGCACGGAGCAUAGAUGAGCCUUUGGCUGCAGCUAGCUGAACACAUCUGCACCAAGUGUGUUGACGUGUUUUCUCAGGUCAUCUUCUGUCUGAUAAUCAACUUCAUCCUGUUUUUUUGCUUCGGAUUCCCUGAUUUCAGUCACAUCUUUGUGUUGUCUAUUCAGCAUGUUUAGAAGCCUGCAGAGGGACUCGGCUCACAUCAGUUUGAUCAUCAAACUGGCAAAAACAGGGCAAUGAUGAUGCAUUAGUACGUUUGUGAUUGUACAUGAGCCUGAUAACCAUUUUGUAACAAAUCUUUAAAAGGGAGUUUGAGGCCUGUGGUGAAGUUGAUGGCUAUAAAUCCUGAUCGCUUUACCUACUUGAUGUACAAAUGGACUUUUCUGUUAAAGAUGAUUGUUAAAACUUUGGCUUUUUUCCUUAAACCCAUCACAGUUGUGACUCCACUCUGUCAGGACUGUGAGUGUGCAAGCAAAUACUGUUAGGAUUGUUUUAUCCACUUCAAACUAGUCUGCUCACUUAAUAAUAAUAUUCAAAUCCAAAAACAUAGUUUUAUUUAUUAGAAAUUAAUACAAACACUCAGGUGUAACAUUUCUGCUGUGGAACAUCCACUUAAAUUAAAUUACAGAGUCUAUUAAUAUGAAACUAUUUUCAUGGAGAAGGUACAGAGGUCAUUCUUUCAUCAUUAUAACAAUUUAUUACAUCCACAUUUCUACACCAGGUUCUGGACCAUUUUGAGGCAUGUGAUGCAUCACCGUUUAGAGUUUGGAGAGACCGGCAGUCAGAAAUAACUUUCUUUACUUUGAUUCUCAUUUGUCACUACUUCACGUCUUUGGUUCAGACAGAACUGCCUCCAGUCUGAGGUCCUGGCUCAGAGGACGUCACAGCACCAGAUACUUAUCUGGAAUUCAGAUGCUAGCAGUUCAAGUUCAGUUCAAGACUUGGUUUUUCCCAACGUUUGUAAUCCACAUAUUUAUGCCACAUCACGUCUUACAAGGUUUAUACUUUAGCCCACAUGGAUGGUAGAGUGAAUUUUCUAUCAUUUUCCGUUUUUCCUUGUUAGAUUUUAAUUUAAUUUAAUUUUUACCGUAAACCACCAGAAUCUUUAGAUUUUUACCACCACAGCUCUGCAUGUUAAUGCAUUUGUGGGAUCAAACUGGUCCAGGUUUGUUACCUUACAGUGAUGUAUGUAAUUAUACCACAGCAGCAAUGCCCCCCCUCCCUCUCUCUCUUCACCCCCUCCUCAUGUAUGACCAGCUCUUGUAUGAGAAAAGAUGAGGACUCAGUCUUUGAAGCUCUCAGGGUGGUUGUGGAAACUGGUGUGGGUGUUUUGCUGUCAGUGACCUGGACCUCUGUUUCAUCCUGGAAGACAGAUUAUUUUCUACUGUCCUAUUUUCUUUUAGCCUUGCACGCUCAGAAUAUGUACAAAACUACAGAAAAAAACACAUAACAGAGUGUAAAUCCAUAUCUAAACUUGUUAAUAAUCAUUAAAAACCUUUAUUGA